AUGUCGAGUUAUUCAUCAAGCGAAACGGAUGAUUCGCAGCCUCCCAGCAUCACACUUUCCGCUGCACUAUCGUUCGACGAAGAUAAAUUGCCGACUUUCAGUGAUUCCGAAGGAUAUGAUGGAGAUGAUGAAGACACAGGAAUAACGAGAGCGUAUGUGAAAAAGAAAGACAUACCUGGAGAGAAGAUGAAAAAGAAGGCACAAAAAGAUUUGAAAAGAAAAAGGGAAUUAGAAGAAAUGCCAGAAGGCCGGUCGGAGUCAGUCUAUUCCAUGGUAGAGAACGGAUCAGCAGAGAAUCAAGGUACUUUAAAUCAAAAUUCUCCAAAUUCAGCUAGUGGUGAUCGCACGGAGCAGUCUCAGGUGGCUCGCUAUGGAGUAGCAGUAAAAGCAGACAGACAAUGGAGUGGUGUGGUCGAUGGGAGAUCAAUACUUCCCUCAUCGCUCAAUAAAGGCAGUCAUAAUAGGGCAAUGACUGAGCCAGAAGAUGAUCAGGUUUUACUAGAGCAAAUGAAGGGGGGAUGCCAAGACCAUUCUUCAAUACCAGAUGGGAGAAUAUCGGAAGGAAAGAAUGGCUUUGAGACCGCUCAAUUUGCCUCAGAAACGGGCGAAUAUGAUAUAGCCUCGAACUCGGCAUCUUCAAUGGAAAGGCAUGAAUACAUUCCGAAAUCCGCGCCAAUAACAAUACCAAAACCAGCAGAUUUCUUAAAGCGAUUUCCUCAAUCAAUUCUACACCAUGAUGAUGUGGCACCGGUAAGAGCAAGGCAUGGAUGGGGCCAAGCCAAGUCACGCACUAAUAGAAUAAGUCCUGAGCGACCAUCACGGGUUGAUGCUUCGUUGUUUGGUCAUGAGUUGGAGCCAAAACCAACUCCGCGUACUAUGACUGAAGGACUUAGAGCGACACAGAUAUUGUACGAGACGCUGGAAGAUGUAUUUUUGAAACGGAAGAAGACUUAG